AGGAAGCACAUGUAAAAGAGAAAGACUGUUUGAACACAAAUAUAUUGCUCGUCUUUUACAUUGUCAGAGAAGUUAUGGAAAAGGGCAGUGAAAAUCAGCCUCUACUGCAGAUAACAGCUCCUCACUUGAAGCAAUGUUGCUGGGUCAGGAGAAGUAAUUUCUUGCUUUUUGGAACAACUGUGCUGUACCUAAGUUUUUUAAUGUUAGGAGCCUAUAUGUUUUGGUGGUUAGAAUACCCCAUUGAGAUGCAAAUCCGAGACCAGUUACGGUUGUUGAAGAAAGAGUUCUUGGAAGUCUUCCCGUGUGUUUCAGAUGAGGGUUUGGAGGAUUUGAUUGAAAAGAUAAUCCUGGCCAACAACAGAGGCGUGUCCGCUGCUAAUAACGUUGAAACGGAACCAAACUGGAGUUUUGGACAGGCUUUUUUUUUCUCUGGAACUGUGAUAACGACGAUAGGUUACGGUCACGUGACUCCACUGUCAAGAGGAGGGAAAGUUUUCUGUAUCGUCUAUGGGUUACUUGGUAUUCCACUAACACUAAUCUUGCUGACGGCUUACGUAGAACGCUUAAUGAUUCCCACAACGUGGUUUCUCCAAUUCUUAAACUCCAAAUUCGGGCAUCUGUACCAAUCGUUUAAUAUAAGGAUGGUACACUUCGCUACUGUAGCAACAGCAAUAAUUUCUCUGUUCUUUUUGAUUCCUGCUGCUAUCCUUUCGUAUUUGGAGCCUGACUGGGACUUCUUGGACUCUAUAUAUUAUUGCUUCAUUUCCUUGACAACCAUUGGUCUUGGAGAUUACAUACCUGGAGAGGGUACAGACCACAAACUUCGACCGCUGUACAAAGUCUGUGUCACAUUUUACCUUCUAAUUGGAUUGACUUUUAUGAUGCUGUUGCUAGCGGUUCUCUAUGGCAUCCCUCAGCUAAACCUUGGUAUAUAUUGUUUGCUGGAAAGUGAUGAAUUGGUUGGUGCUGAUCCAAAAAAGAUGGGAUUGUCCAGAACAGGAGGUAGUCAAAAGUAUAUCCAACAUACUGACGAAACGACCACCACUACUGGCACUAGACACAUAAAAGCCUCAUCAUCAGGGAAUAAUCUUUAACCUAGCCACACUUUUAUUGGUUUAUAAGUUUUGGUCUUUUUCUAAAAAUAUACAUUUUGUAAAUUGUGUAUAAAAAUUAGUAUAAUGAAAGGUAAAGUACUUGUAAGAAAAUUUUCUAUGAAAUGUUCACCUAAAGAAUUAGAAUUUAUGAAGAGCUAGCAGAGUACCCGGCGUUGCUUGGAUUAAAAUGGCUUUAAAUAUCCCGAGUU